AUGUUUGUCGCCGCCGCCAAAGCCGGCAUAACGAUGCUCAAAGACGGCAACAUCGGCGAGAAACCUCGCUCGUCCAUCUCGGACUUGAUCGACAUCCUGUGUCUGGAGCGGUACGAGGAGGACAGUUAUGAGGGACUGGCGGAGUUGGUCGAGAGCAUCAAUCUGCAGCCGCAUACUGGACCUGCCGAGGCUUCGCGCGCUAUCCGCAAGAAGCUCAAGUACAGCAACAUCCAUGGCCAGCUUCGCGCGCUCACGAUCCUCAAGACGAUCGUCGAGAACGGCGGUUCACGCUUCCAGACCACCUUCGCCAACGACCGCCUCGUCGACCGAAUCAAAGUGAUGGCCGGCGACCCUCACACCGAUCCCAAGGUCAAGAAGAAGCUCAUGCAGGUGCUCGGGAGCUGGUAUGUCCAGUUCAAGGACGACCCGAAGAUGCAGCUUGUUGCGGGCUUGUACAAGAGUUGUGGAGGGGGGAAGACGCAACCGACCCGCUCCGCCGCAACCGACGCCUACGAAGCCCAACAAGCGCGCUACGAGCGCGAGGCCGCCCUCCGUGCCGAGCGAAAAGAAGCCGAGCGUCGCGCGCGCGAGGAGGAGAAGGCGAGGAAGGAGGCGGAGAAGGCGAAGAAGGCGGCGGCGAUGAGGAGUGCGACGGCGCAGGGUGGGGCGAACAGGCGGAGGGUCAAGUUCAACUUUGAGCAGGAGAAGCCGAAGAUCAUGGCUGCCGUCGGUCAGGGCACGCAGUCGGCUCAAGCUCUCGUCAACGCGCUCCAGCACGUCAACCGCGAGAAGGAGUCGGUCAAGGAGAACCUGCGCGUGCAAGACUGCCUCGAGAAGGCCAAGGCGGACCGCAAAGCCUUGAUCCGGUACAUCCAGCUCAUCGACAACGACAGCGAGGGCGACUACAUCGGCACGCUCAUCGCGACGAACGAGCAGAUCAUCAACGCUGUGCAGAUGUACGACCGCAUGUCGAAGCCUGUCGAGCUUGACUCGGACGAUGAGGCAAUCGAAGAAGCCAAGCGUCUCGCGGUCCAGCAAGGCCUGACCGUCCCGCCCUCCGCGACACCGAAAGACCACGACGACACGCAGAGCAUCCGCUCGCGGCUGUCGGCAUUCGACAUGCAGGACCGCGAGAUGGACAAGUUGCAGCAGCGGCAGCGGAGGAGGCUCGAGAGGCAUCUGAGCUCGAGGAGCGGGGUGCCGCAGGUCCACCCCGACUUGCAGGACCUCGCUUUCGGCCCGACUGGCAGCUCCUCGCUCCCGCCGCCCAUCCAGCCCCGCUCGCCCGAAGACGCCUACACCCACGGCUCGCUCUCCGACUACUCCGACUACUCUUCCGAAGACGACUACUCCGACGAUGAGGCUUCCUCGCGUCCGGCUCACGCCGGCGGGAGCGGCACGACCCCAGCACGUUCGUACGCGCAGUAUGUCAGGCAGGAGGACGAGCGGACCGGCACUGGCAAAGGCUUGCUCGACCCUUCGGCGCAGGAAGACCCGUUCGCGGAUCCGUUCGCAGAUCAGGAGGGUGACGAUGCGAGCGCGUACGAGGUCAUGACGCCUGGCAUUCACGACAAGCGGCAGGAGUGGAGGGAGAUUUGA